CAUUGAAGACAAAGGUAGAGAGUACAACAUUAACAAACACGAAAUUGGAUCUGAUCACUCGAUGUAGCUUACUAGCUUCUCUUCCAAAAAACCGCGAUCCAAUGAUUCCAUUGCAUCUCUUCAACCCAUAAACAACAUGAAUAAUUACCCUUUCGGAUCUCAAUCCCACAAACCCUUCUCAUCAUUCUCUAAAUCCGAUUUCGACUUAGAAUCCGGAACCACAAUCAAACGAACAAGAAAACCCAAAAACUCACCUUUCAAAAUGAUCAAAAACCGUUUACACCACUUUUUCAAACUCCACCCUCUCACUACACUCUUCCUAACACUCUUCUCUUUCGCUUUCACCCUUUUCGUUUUUCUCUCUUAUUACAAUAGAACCCAAUUUUACCCGAAAAUGGAUCCGGUUUUGGAUGAUUACCCGUUUUCGAAGCUGAAGAAUCUGGUAAUGGUUGCUGGACAUUCGAUUUACACUAGUAGUAGCUGUGGGAAAAUUGAGAAAGAGGAUUCGUGGUUUUUGGAAUCUUAUCAGAGGAAUCCUGGUCAAGCUGCAACGUUUGUGAAGCAUAUUGAAGAAGGGAUUGGGAUUGUUGAUAGGGAUGAGUUUGGUUUGCUUUUGUUUAGUGGUGGUGAGACCAGGAAAGACGCUGGACCGCGUAGUGAGGCGCAGAGUUAUUGGGCUGUUGCUGAUUUCAAAGGAUGGUUUGGUAAGGAAGAAAGUGUGAAAUGGCGAGCACUUACAGAGGAGCAUGCACGGGACAGCUUUGAAAAUCUUCUAUUUAGUGUCUGUCGAUUCCGAGAGCUUACUGGAACCUAUCCUCAAAAUAUCACUGUUGUAAGUUAUGAUUUCAAAGAAGACAGAUUUGCAAAUCUACAUCGAUCUGCGAUUGGCUUUCCAGAGUCGAGGUUCUUCUAUGCCGGCACUCCUGCGACAUCCAAUGCAAAAGAUGCUGCUCUAAAAGGCGAGGAAUUGGUGAGAACGCAAUUCUCAAAAGAUCCAUAUGGAUGUAGAGGUUCGCUUUAUCACAAGAAAUUAAAGCGCGACCCUUUUCAUCGGUCGAUUCCAUAUCCUAAUGGAUGUCCAGAAAUUGAAUCUUUGUUCAGAUAUUGUGGACCAACUCCAUAUCCUGGUGCACUACCGUGGGCAUAGUAACGGUGGUGUGUGAAAUUAUACUAAUACACUUGUAUACUAACAACAUAGAGAGAGAUUAGAUACAAUGCAACUACUUGAUGUUGCAUAAAUUUGUUGGUACAUGAUAUGAAGAUUAAAAUUUUGUAGAUGAAUCAUGAAACGGUUGUUGCAUCUUGGGUAGAAAAAGUCUAUCAAAGUUUUUGUAAGGUGGAUUUAUUAAAAUUGUUAGCGUUCUCAACACGAGAGUUUAAUAUGAGAGUCUAAAAUUUGUAUUUUAAUAAAUACAUGAAACAGUAAACUUUAUUUUCAUGGAACUGAUACAAGCCUUUCUUA